AUGGUCCGAAUUUUUGCUCCUAUCUUCUCGGCGCUCGCGCUCUCCAGCGCAGUCCUCGCUGUUCCUAUGAUGGGAAUGAGCUCCGAGCCCUCGGUUUCCGAGCCUGCGCCAGUUGUGGCUAGCUCGUCCUCGUCGUCGCUUAUGCACGAUGCUACCUCGACGUCGUCAGCAAAUGCACAUGUUUCGACAACCACUAUGGCGCAUGAGGCUACUUCCACAUCUGCUGCGAUGGGACACGAAACGACAACAUCUGCCGCCAUGGGUCAUGAGACAACCACCUCUACAUCGUCCGCUCCCGCCCAUACCACUGCUGCACCCUCGUACGGCUCUGGCUAUGCCAAUUGGGGAACUGACUUGAACAGCUGCGUGCAGAUGUGCCAAGCCAAGUUUGGUGGUGGAUUGUCUUCUGCUUCUGCUCCUCCCCCGACGACUACCACCGCUGCCCCUGUUGCUGGAACUGGUGCAACCCACACCGUUAUUGUCGCUCCUACCAAGGGUGUUCUCCGCUAUGUUCCGUUCGCUGUCAACGCAUCUGUUGGUGAUACCGUCCGCUUCAUGUGGGGCGCUGGACCACAUACCGUCACCAAGUCGUCCGCGCUUACUGUCUGCAACAAGUCUGCUGAUGCUUCCACUUUUGCUUCCGGCCAGCAAAACGCCUCGUUUGUCUUUGAUCAAGUCGUUAACAACACCGAGCCCACGUUCUUCUUCUGCGCGGUCCCCAACCACUGCCAAAAGGGAAUGUUCGGCAUCAUCAAUCCUCCAAGCGCCCCCGCUGGUUCUGCUACUUCGGUCGGUGCGAUGAUGUCCACCUGGACUUCUCAGAACCCCGACUUGGCCAAGAUGCAAACUGCCGUUGACGCGAUGGCGAUCAACACUCCUGCAUACAACUGGGCCUCCAACAUGGAUGUCUCGUCGAUUCCCACCGAAGCUCACCAAUCCUUGGUUGAGAACGUGUUCUACACUAGGAUGUUCUACGCCAUGAACACCGGUGCCGACCAGGGUGCUUCUCGUCCUGAUGGGCAACCCAUCUCUAUUCCCAACGACGUGAACACGCUUCUCACCGGCACUGCUGGCAACCCUGGUGGUGCGAACGGCGCUCCGGCUGGCGCUACCCCAUCAGGCACGCCCGUCAGCGCGCCCGUCAACUCUACUCCAAGCCCCCAGCCUAGCGCUAACGGCGCGGGCAGUGUAGCAGCCUCGUCUGCGCUCAUUGCGGCCUUUGCCAUCAUCUCGUCGCUAUUCUUGCUCUAA